AUGAACGACUUCGACGAUAUAGAAAUGCCAGACGCGGGCGAUGAGUCCGACAACGAGUCCAUCACUUCAAGUGUCAUCAGCAUCACCACUCCACCAACCGCCGCGUCACGCAUUCACACAGCCAUGGAUCCUCCCCGCUUACCUCCUUGGACAAACAUCAACGGUACCGCCCACGAGACAGACUGGAAACAGCAUUCCUGGCGCUACACAGCACGCAAAGAUGCCCACGGUACUGGCAUUGAAGUUCGCCCACUAGACAUUGAUGGGUUUGACGGUUAUGAGCUUCCAGAUUGGGAUAACAUGUUUUACUGGCCUGCGAAGUAUCCUCUUGGUCCUCCGACGCAGGAGCAGAAAUGGCAUGGUUUNAUUGGAAAAUGGGGCUUUCCUGUGCUCGAAAAGGCUGGGUUUUUGCGAUAUGAUGCGCCAGAAGAGGAGGAGUAUAUGGCACCAAUCGGACGACUAGCACGAGCAAGNAACCCAGGUCAGGACGAUGAAAAGCGCAUCCAUCCAGUUCUGAGAAGAGAGAUGUGGAAGGAUAUCGAUGACGAGGAGUAUGGGCUACUGGAGCCGGCUUUGCUGUUGGCGAGUGCGUUGCUUGAUGAUCCGGCCACCCUUACCUUUUUGUACGCUGUUGCGGAUGUCAAGGCUAUGGCAGAAUUUGAGGAUGAGGUUCAUGGUGUAUGUAAGGUUGUGAGUGUACCUGCCACUUUGACCAAUGCACAGCAGACUGCGGUCUACCAAAAGAUUCUGGCCAUGCGCAACUGGAUGACUUGGACCUUUGCACCUCAACGGGACAUGGUAGCAGACUGCGCUUUUGGAUUGGCCGAAUGGCGAGAAGAUGCCAGUGGCGACAAAAUGAGAGCGUCAGGCGAGUAA